CGAGUCCCUUUACUAGUAUAAGACCUUGUGUGGCUUAACUUUUCUAUUUGACAGCUGACAGUGAUGUUAACACUGAAAUCAGAGCAACUGUUUUGUGUACAGUAUGAUACUGAGAUACAGAGUGCAUGUACAGCUUCUUGAGGUGCUUAUAGCUAUAUCAGUUUAUACUUGUAAUUCGAUUGAAACAAUAUGCAGAAAAGAGAUAAAUAACAACAUGAAAUUCAACAUCACAUGUACAUGCAAUGAUAACAUUAAGGUUUUCCGGGUGUUUGAAGAAUUAUACUUUGAAGAUGCCCAGUACGUCACAAUCAGAAACUGUGAAAAGUUGAUUCUUGAAAGUACAGAUAUUACAUCCUCAGAUCUAGAACAGCUACGGCUACACAACAUACACACUGCUAUUUUCAGUCUUUUCCUACCUUCGAGUCUUUCAUCAUUAGAAAUUGAAGAUGUUGGUAAUCUGACAGGAUUGUCAUACCACAUUUUUAUACAUGUGUCAUAUCUACAAAAUUUAGUUAUCAAGAAUACAAAUGUCCAGUUUGUUGAAAGCCAUAUAUUCUCAGAUAUAUCUGUGGAAAGCAUCCAUUUCAUUAAUACAACCUUUAAAUAUCUUAAAUCAAGCUCUAUGAAUUUCACUGGUAUGAAAGAUAGUCUAAAUUCAGUCAUCCACAUUGAAAAAUGCACCUUUGAAAAAUUAGAAUCAAGUGCUAUUUCGGUAAAAGGAAUAAGUGCAUUUCAGAUCUUAGAUUCAGAAUUUAAGGAGAUCCUUAAAGAAGGCACUUUCAGAAUAUUAACCACAACCACCCUCUUGGAAUCCAAUACUUUUACCUGCAGUAAGGGAGAUGAUACUUGUAAUAAAGACAUACACUUUGGUAUACUGGAAAACUUGAAAGGAUUUACUCAGCAUAAUUCUCAAGACAUGUGCAAAUUACUUCAGAUGAACUAUUGUAAUUCCCAGAAGACAAAGUCAUUGAUAAGGUCCUUACAGACCUGUUAUCCAAAACUCCUUGAAUAUGAAGGCAGUAAAUCAUGCAUGCCUCUUGAAUCAGACAAAGGUCAUAAUAUUUACCUUAAUAUCAGCCUUUCUUUGGUUUGUAUACUUGUUCUAAAAGUAAUGUGAUAAACCAUAUAUGCUUUUGUGAAAACAGUAAUGAACCUUCAGGUUCCAUAAAGGGUGAGGAACAUCUUGAUUGGUUGAGUCACUGUUUGCUUAUCCAAAAGGACUAUGCUUCAUAGAGCUAGUUUGUUAGUUAUUUUUAAACCAUAAUAUAAAUUGAAGAAAAUUUUGAACUUCCAGUAUGUCUCACUUGUAUCUGUUUUAGUGUCUACAACUUGAGGUUAUCUGAUGGUAAAAUGGAUGAAAUAAAACAAAACACAUGUAUCCAAGAAAUAAACACAUCUCUCAUUAAGCAUGUAAAAUCCAACCAUUUUAUUGUUACUUUAUGUACAUUGUUCAAAUGGCACUGUGAAAAUCACGUACCUCAGCACCAAGUGACUGAAAAAAGUGUUUUGUUACUUUAAUCAGUAAGUUACAAGGAUGGCACUAAGUUGUUUCAUGUACUUCAGCAAGGGAAAACAGAGAUGCAUUUAUUAAAAUCUUUUGGAACCAUAUUUAAAUCUGGUUUCUAAUACUUCAUGCACUUAUAGAAUUGCAAAAUGUAAGAAUAAGCACAUAAAAUACUGGACCAUGUGAUUCCAUAGACUGUUUGUAUGUAAUUACCUCUUUAUUACUUGGAGCUUACUCUUGUAGAUAAAACAUUCUGAACCAUUAUUUAUUUCUUUAAAACCUAGCUGUACUAUUUACAGUGUAUUCCGGUUAAUUGGGCCAUCGGUUAAUUGGGGCAGCCGCAUAAUUGGGCCAGUGUUCUAGUCCCAAUUAACCGGAAUCCACUGUAUAUAAGUUUUCUAUGACCUCUCGGUUGUUUGUACUUUCAUAUAUGAACUUGAUUAUGCUGGCUCAAAAUAAAGUAGGGCUAUGAAGAAACCCCUCAACAUUAGA